AACAGAUUCCACAAAUGAAUCCCUGUUUAACACAGACCUCAGUUUUAUUCUGUCACUUGAACUGAGAGCAAGUGUUUCAGCAGCUGGUCAUUCGACGUUUUUCAAGUUCUUUCAUUGAAAUAACCAAAAAUGUGGCAACAUCGUGCACUAAAAGAGGACCAGCUGAGGUCGGAGGUCAGAUUCACUCUGCCUCCGCUGUCAAACAACACCAGCCUAGUGGGCAGCAGACCACAGCUUCAGAUGAACAAAGCACUGAAGCUUGAUGAAGAGCUCGUCUGCACCCUGGGUGAUGACAUUUCACGGAUCCCUUCGGCCACUCGUAGCACCAUGAGGCAUCUCAGCUCUCGCCAUAACGAGGUCAGCCAGUGGCAGGCCCAGAUCUCCGAGAGCAUCAGCCAAGUGGACCGAGAGAUCACUGCUGUGGAGCAGGUGAAAGACACAGCUGAGGGCCGUCUCCAGGAGAAGCAGUUGUACAGUCAGCUCAUGGGCGACUGUGUGGCGCUCAUUAACAGUCUGAAUGCAGAACUCCUGCUGCAGGACCGUGUCCAGACCGAGCUAAAGAAGGAAGAACAGCUGACCAAUGAGAUCAGAGAACUGCUCCAGAAGCAGAUCUGCAUCCUGCUGAACAAACUGAGCUCUCUGAAGGAUAUUCGCUCUCAGCUGCUGGCUGAUUUUCAAGAUAAACGUGAUGCCAUCAAACUCACCACCAAAUGCAUCGCCCAUGAAUGCAACACCCCGAGCUCCCGGCUGCCUGCUGGUCAAUACAAGCCCAAUCAUGUGAGCUAUGACAAGUGGCUGUCCCACUGCAGGGACCUGAAGGUGGCGGCUGAGCGCCUGAUCAAGGAGUCUUCUUCCUUCAGGGGGAACCUGCGGUUCACACUGGCCAACUUAAAAAAUGCCCAAGACCGCCAGCGCCACAGCACAGAUGACGCCCUGAGGAAGAAGAUCAAUAACAUGAGCAGAGUCCAGGAUACGAUGAUCUGGGAGAGGAAGCGGGUCAAGGAUGAGAUUUCGGAUCUGACCAAGGACUCGCAGAAGCUGGCGGGUCAGAUCAGGAACUGUGAAUCCAAGCUGCACCAGACCACUCAUCGCCUGGACAUCCUCAACCAGAGGCCAAGACGAGAGCUCUGUGUGGACCAGCCCUACAUCAGCCUCACACUGGAGAAACACGACCUGGCAAAGAUGGUAGCUGGACUUCAACCAGUGUUGAAGCGCAUUCUGCAGGACACGGAGCUCAAAUGCAGGCGCCUGAAGGUUGUGGAAGAUGAACUGGCCAAAAAUGCUCAUGCCUUGGGUGUGCAGCAGAAGUGUCUGAACCUGCACCAGAGCUUCCUGCCUGCUCUUGACACCACUGUGGUCCUCGCCAACAAGCCUCAGCUCCGCACAGCCGCAGGCUGCUGCACCCUCGUCGCCCACUUACAGUAGAGCCUAGGAGAGUGCAUUAGCACUUUACUGAAGGCAGCCCUGUAAUCUUUUCCAUCUGGUAUUGCAAAACUGAAUAAAUUCAAAGCAAAAUGA